AUGAAGGCUCUCGUCUCCAACUACAUGAUGAUCCCAAGAGAGCUCUGCAAGUCGAAGAAAUACCGUCAGCACUUGAACACAGAAGAAAGAAAGAAAUAUUUGGGUCUGCGUUACGAGUCGUCUGUCGUGAGAGUGCUGGGAACGUGUGUGGGCAUGCUGCAGACAUUGGCCUACAUGUCAGUUUGUUUACUGGCUCCUGCACUAGCCCUGCAAGCAGUUGUCGGGAUGAAGAUGUGGCUAUCGGUGUUAGUAGUUGGUAUAGUGGGUACAGUCUAUACCAGUUUGGGCGGUAUUAAAAGUGUAGUGUGGACGGACACGUUUCAAGCAGUAAUCAUGUUUAUCGGAAUGAUCACCCUUUUGGUAAAGGGAGUAUUCGAGGUGGGAGGACUGAAGAACAUGGUCGAAAUUGCAAACUCACACGGUCGGAUAAUCUUCGAUGAAGCGUAUUUUCUGAACGCACCUCUCCUCAUUGUAUACGGAAGUAUCCUGUUAUGUUCCGGAAUCGUCGUUUUCUCGUAUUUCUACUCGAACGGUUGUGACCCGUAUGAGGCUGGUCUAAUCCAGAACCAAAAUCGAGUGAUGCCUUAUUUUGUGAUGCAAGUCUUAGCUGAGCUUCCAGGUGUGACAGGACUGUACGUAUCCAUGCUUUUCAGUGCAUCUCUUAGGUGA